GUUCAGAAUCUGGGAAGAGGCGGAGAAAGGAGACGAAAACACGCAGGUAGAUCACAAAUGCACUUGUUGUGUCUUAAUAUUAAAAUAUAUACCUCCGUCUUUACCGAAAAAACAGCCUGGAUCUGUCAGAGGGUGAUUUAUUAUUGAUGAGAAGUUCAGGAUUCAGAGGAGAGGAGUGAUUCGUUUGGAAAUCCUCCGUCGGCGACUCUGGAGGUUUCAGAGCCAACAUGGAUCACUUGUUUCGGAGCGUACGUGGUUAACAAAUAGCUGUCAGCCACCGGAGGACUGAGUUAUUUUGGUGAACGGUAGGUCAGCCAGGUCAUGCUGAUGGACCAGGAGACUCAGUGGCUGUACCAACUCCUGGUCGAGGUCCAGUUGGAGAAGUUCUAUGUCCGCGUCAGAGAUGGCCUCAACAUCACCCGCAUCGAGCACUUUGCUUACGUCAAGGAGGCCGACCUUGAGCAGAUUGGCAUCAGCAAACCCGCACAAAGAAGAUUAUGGGAUGCUCUGAAACGCCACAAGGCAACUUCACGAUCACGACCAUGGAUGACCAAGGUGCUUGGCGGACGAGGUCCGGACGGAGGAGAGCAGUGGAGCAGCCAGGAGGGGGCCAGCCGGGCUCUUCCUUGUCUGAUACAAGACAACGAGCUGAAUCUGUGUGAGAGGCUGGGCUCCGGGUCCUUUGGGGUGGUGAAGAGGGGAGAGUGGCACACACCCACAGGGAGAGUGCUGCCUGUAGCAGUAAAAUCACUGAGGAGCAGUAUGUCGAGGCAGACAGACACGCUGACGGACUUCCUCCAAGAAGUAACCAUCAUGCAGUCGUUGGAUCACCCCAACAUCAUACGGCUCUAUGGUGUGGUGCUCACGCAGCCCCUCAAGAUGGUAACAGAGCUAGCCCCCCUGGGCUCACUAUAUGACACCCUGCGCUCACGUCAGUAUGAUUACCCUCUGGUCCGCCUCUGGCUCUUUGCCACCCAGAUCGCGGCGGGUAUGGAGUACCUGGAGACCAGGAGAUUCAUCCAUAGGGACCUGGCUGCGAGAAAUGUGCUGCUGGCUUCCAGGGAGAUGGUGAAGAUUGGGGACUUUGGCCUGAUGAGAGGCCUGAGCCAAGAGACAGAUCACUACGUCAUGUCGGCGCACAGACGCAUCCCGUUCGCGUGGUGCGCUCCAGAGAGUCUUCGUGUUGGCUCCUUCUCCCAUGCCUCAGACGUGUGGAUGUUCGGUGUCACCCUGUGGGAGAUGUUUACUUACUGUGAGGAGCCCUGGUUCGGUCUGUCAGGCCGACAGAUCUUGUGGCGUGUGGAGCGGGAGGGCGAGCGUCUGUUGAAACCGCCAGAUUGUCCUCAAGAGCUGUACAUUGUCAUGAGGAAGUGCUGGGCCUGCAAUGCUGCUGACAGACCCAGCUUCGCCCAGCUCACUACAAUGGUGACAGAGGCUAAACCAAUGGAGGUGCAAGCAACAAGGGACUUUUCUGAACCCAGAAAACUCACACUGGUGGCCAAUGACCUUGUGACGGUCAUAGACCAUGGUCUGGAGCUGAGUGAGUGGAAAGGCCAGAAUCAGAGGACGCUCGCAGUCGGCUGUUUUCCCCCAAGCCUCACUGCACCGUCGGUCCUUCCUGGUACUGCUGCUCCCUCCACUUCCAACAACCCCGGGCCCAACGCUGCCUCCAAUUCUGUUUAUAUCUCAACUCCCCUGAAGGGCACCCUGCAUCACACCGGGCAUGGAGACAUCAACCCCGAACGCUGCUGGGGAUCACCGGAGAACCUGGAAGACAGCAGCAGCAGCCGGAAGCCGAGCCCUGUCAGAGAGAGGGAGAGGUCCAAUCUGCAGAAAAUGGCAGGUAUGUCUCGGAGCCUGGAGUCUGUCAUAAGUGGACACCGUCCUCGAGCUCACACAGUGGGAAUGGUCAAGGUGGAUCAGCAGGGCAGACUCAUAGCCCCAGUGAUGGCAGCUCGUAGCGUGGUGAUGCAGCAGGACCCCCGUCGGUUCAGCGAAGCCAGUAUCGCUCCUCCUCCUCGACCGCCACUCCCCAACCUGAAACGCUUGAACAUAAAGUCUCAGAGGAGGCCCGCAAUCAAUCCAGCUCCAGUAACCUCCUGGCCCACACAGGUGGUCCCAGCCCUUCCCGCUCAGCCUCAACCUCAACCCCAGCACCAGCCUCAGCAGGGUGUCGGAGUCUCCAACCUGGCUAAGAUGUCCCACAUGGCACGCUCGACCCCGCAGCUGGACGACUAUGCAGACAGCAGAGAGAGAGAUCGAGAGAGGGAGCGAAUCAGAGAUCGAGAGAAAUCGCCUCAUGUGCAGAACACGAAAGACAGUCUCAUCACACAGGUUAUGGAGGCAGUACAUGGAGUGACCACUGAAGAGGUUCACGCUGCUCUUCAGCGUAAUGACUGGAAUCCAGUGCGAGCUGAGCAACAACUCAAGCUGGAGCAGCUGUACUCGCUGAGCCUCUGCUCCAGAGAGGACUGUGUGAAGAUCCUCUCCAGAUACCAGUGGAAUCUGCAGCUGGCCAGCCGCUACCUGAUCCGAUCGUCUCGAGACGACAGGCCUGGCCCAGGCGAGAGGGAGCGACCUCAAGUUAGCGCAGAGAGACGAGUCUGAAGGGAUUUUUUUUUCCUGGCUGAUUUUACAUGGACGGUCGACUUUUUCAUUCUGCUUUGCAGUGACAAACUCUGACCCUUGGAACUUACCAGUACAACAACAGGACGGCACCCCAAUAUGGAACCAGGUGUGGGAGGUCACUCCUGUGGAGGUUAAAGAAGGAAAAUGAAGGUGGAUGAAUUUAAAAAGAUGAAUGCACAAGGACAUAUGUUUAUGGCAAUGAGAUGUUAUCCUGCACAUUGUGUUAUUUGCAAAUAGAUUUUUUUUAUCUUUUGUACAUUUUAGAAUUUGAACGUUUGUACGUUUGUGAAAUAACUGUUUUGUUGAAUAAAAGUUAUGAUCUGGUCUGAUCAGAUUUUACACAUCAAAGUCCAUCUGCAGGUGUUGGAGAGCACUUAUGCAUAUGAGGAAAAAAAAACUGCCUUAAAUCGUUGUUGGCUCUGGACUUAGAAAGAAGUGAGCUUGUCAGACCUCUGCAGCCCACUGCAGUGAUGGACAUGUGCAGACAUGAUCCUAAAUACUAUGGUUGUAUUUCACACUUGCUUCCAUGAGGUGGAGCAGUGAGACAUUUAGUAUCUGAGCAGAAAAGGGAGGUCUUGCCUACUUAUGUUGCAUCUUAAGUAGGGCAUGAAUAUAAUCUUUCUGUUAAUAUAAAUGCAAGAAGAUAAGACUGAAAGGAAGCUGAUACUGAAGCCAAUAAAGCGCAUAUUGUGUUAAGAAAGUAACUCAGUAACUGAAGUGGAGCAAAGUUUUAGUGGCACUGGCCACUGGUGUUAACUGGAUCUCUCUCUGAAGCAACAAUCAUUUUUUCCAAGUAAAACCAGAUGUGGGGCUUCCCCAGAAUUUCCUGGACGAUCAGCUGGAGCAGAGUAACACAACUUUAACAACGACGAGGCAUUUUUAUUUCUGAACUACUGGGUAUUUUAUGUUUCUGUA